AGUUCUGUGUGGUCGCAGCACAUAAGCAAAUCCAUUCUUGUGCCGAUUCUCGGAAAAGCUUUUCAGUAAAUGCACUCAUGCUGCUCCAGGAGCUCUUCUCUGCAACAAGCCGCCCAUCUGCCAUCAACAAGUUAAGACAGAGAGAACUAACGGCUGCGGAAAGGAGAGACUGAAGCUUUGAUUAACCAGCCGAGCAGUUAAGGGAAGAGAAAUUUAAUAACUUAUAUUCAAAACUGAUUUAGAGGAUCACAGCAGUCACAGAAAAUGAAACCAACGCUUUCCAGAGGAAUAUCCUAAGGAAAAAAAACAACUUACCCUGGUGGAUUCAAUUUUACUCAGAAAGCCUCGGACACAGAAAACAGGAAACUGGUCAAAGGCUCCUACAUGUUAGAGCCUUUUACAGACUCACUGCGUUGAGUCUAACAACCGCGACUGAAUGCAGCCUCCAAUGUGCUCAGAAGAAUGGGCUUACAUUUCAAGUGGCCAUUAGGGGCCCCUAUGCUGGCAGCAAUAUAUGCAAUGAGUAUGGUUUUAAAAAUGCUGCCUGCCCUGGGUAUGGCGUGUCCACCCAAAUGCCGCUGCGAGAAGCUGCUCUUCUACUGCGACUCUCAGGGCUUCCACUCAGUGCCAAACGCCACAGACAAGGGCUCCCUGGGCCUGUCCCUGAGGCACAAUCACAUCACAGAGCUUGAAAGAGAUCAAUUUGCCAGCUUCAGUCAACUUACCUGGCUCCACUUAGAUCACAAUCAAAUUUCAACAGUAAAAGAAGAUGCUUUUCAAGGACUAUAUAAACUUAAGGAAUUAAUCUUAAGUUCCAACAAAAUAUUUUAUUUGCCAAACACAACUUUUACCCAACUGAUUAACCUGCAAAAUUUGGACCUGUCUUUUAAUCAGCUGUCAUCUCUGCACCCAGAGCUCUUCUAUGGACUUCGGAAACUGCAGACCUUGCAUUUACGUUCCAACUCCCUGCGGACUAUCCCAGUACGCCUGUUCUGGGACUGUCGUAGUCUGGAGUUUCUGGAUAUGAGCACAAACCGUUUGCGAAGUUUGGCUCGCAAUGGAUUUGCAGGAUUAAUCAAACUGAGAGAGCUUCACCUAGAGCACAACCAGCUGACGAAGAUUAAUUUUGCUCAUUUCCUACGGCUAAGCAGUCUGCACACGCUCUUCUUACAAUGGAACAAAAUUAGCAACUUGACGUGUGGGAUGGAGUGGACCUGGGGCACUUUAGAAAAGCUAGAUCUGACUGGAAAUGAAAUCAAAGCCAUCGACUUGACAGUGUUUGAAACGAUGCCUAAUCUUAAAAUACUCCUCAUGGAUAACAACAAGUUAAACAGUCUGGAUUCCAAGAUCUUAAACUCCCUGAGGUCCCUCACAACCGUUGGCCUCUCUGGCAAUCUGUGGGAAUGCAGUGCCCGAAUAUGUGCUCUGGCCUCCUGGCUGGGCAGUUUCCAAGGUCGGUGGGAGCAUUCCAUCCUAUGCCACAGUCCUGACCACACCCAAGGAGAGGAUAUUCUAGAUGCAGUCCAUGGAUUUCAGCUCUGCUGGAAUUUAUCUACCACUGUCACUGCCAUAGCUACAACUUACAAAGAUCCGACCACCGAAUAUACAAAAAGAAUAAGCUCAUCAAGUUACCAUGUGGGAGACAAAGAAAUCCCAACUACUGCAGGCAUAGCAGUUACUACCGAGGAACACUUUCCUGAACCAGACAAUGCCAUUUUCACUCAACGGGUAAUUACGGGAACAAUGGCUUUAUUGUUUUCUUUCUUUUUUAUUAUUUUUAUAGUGUUCAUCUCCAGGAAGUGCUGCCCUCCCACUUUAAGAAGAAUUAGGCAGUGCUCAAUGAUUCAGAACCACAGGCAGCUCCGAUCCCAAACACGACUCCAUAUGUCAAACAUGUCAGACCAAGGACCGUAUAAUGAAUAUGAACCCACCCAUGAAGGACCCUUCAUCAUCAUUAAUGGUUAUGGACAGUGCAAGUGUCAGCAGCUGCCAUACAAAGAAUGUGAAGUAUAAAAUCUACCCAUCAUCAAAAAUCACAUCAGAUAAGUAACCUAUUUUACAUAGUAGAGGCUAAAUACAUAUCUAAUUUUUACCAAUGGUGACAUUAAGCCUAAUUUUCCAAACUAAGUGGAGACUUAGUUUUUGAAGUGUUGAAGUAUUUUUAAUUUUUUAAAUGAAACCAUAUUUUAAGUGUUAAAUGAAGCAAUGGUCACAUUAAUUUGCACUCCUGUUGGAAAGUCUAAAAAUGCUUACUUCAAAAUAAGACAUUUCAUGUAUGUAAUUAUAUACUAUCAUGUGUAAACAUUUACACCAAGGUCUCCAUAUGCUAUUUUUUUCUACUGAAAACAAUUUGGAAAGAAGCUAUUGAGCAGAAACAGAUAUGGAUCAAUACCUGUUUGAUCACUGCUCUCCAUCCCAUGUACCACACUGUCUUGCGGCUUAAAAUGAGAUUUAGUAAAGUUCUCUUGUAUGAUAAUUUGGUAUUUACUCAAAUCUUCCAUCUACAGCCAGUAUGAAAAGUAGAAUUUCAUGUAUGCUGAAGAUUGGUAAAUAUAAACACUCCUCUUUCAGAGUUUUUGCCUGGGUUAGUAGAUAAUAUCAAAGUCCACAUGAAAUCAGAACCCUUUAUGUUAUUCUAACAAGAUGAAUGACUCUUUAAUAUAUUUAAACAAUGAAUCCAAGUGAUUGUGAAAAGAUCUCAUUACAAUGAAAUCAAUACUAAGUAAUUACACCAACUUCUUAUCAUACACUUCUAGUUUGACUUAUAAUGAACAUGUUGAUUUUUGUGACAUUUAGGCAACUGUUUGAAACUAUUUGUAAAUUGCCAUUUUACUAAUUAAUUUACUAAAUUCUAGAUUUACAUUUUUAUUUGGAAAAAAAUUAGAAAUUAUUUUAGAGAGAAGAGAGAUAAGUUAAGUCAAUUUAACAAUCCUGACAGCUCUCUCUGAUUUAAAAGCACACACACAAACUCACACACAACACACUCUCUCCCAACUGUCAUGAUCAAAGAUGCUUUGACAAAGGGGUUGAAUUGAACGUUUUUUCUUCUGUCUUUUCCUAAUCCUCAAACCUCAAAGAGUCAAAUUAAAAAUAAUUGGCUAACAACAGGCAUAACACCAAUUCCUGUUACAGUAUAAAGGAUCCAUGAAAAAAAUCACUUUCUAAAUAUUAUAUACUAAAUUUUGAUCUUUUAAUAAAGAUACACAUUCACAUUUAAGUGUAGUUCCUUCUAAGUGAAGGGAACCAACCACAUAUUACUGAGGUGAGCCUUAUGGUAGAAAAACUCGACAUGCCUAUGCAGUCACACAGUGGCAACUCAAAGGCAGCGCGAAAGUAAGAGAAUGAAAAGGAAAGGCAGAUUUUGAAAUCUGACUCUCAGGUUAGCUGAAGUUACAAGGCAGCCAAGAAUGAUUAUACACAAUCUGCACCAAACAGUGCAAGGCCCCGGGACCUGCCACUAAAAGGGCGGGGAGAAAGGGAGGUUUUACGGUGUAAAUAUAAAUAUUACAUAAUUAACAAAUGAUAAAGAUGCCACAUUUUCUUUGCAGAAAAAAAUCACAGGUGUUCAGUUUCUUCAGUUAUGAUUUCUACAGAAAAACUGUAACAUAUUUGGGACUUAGCUGCAAGUUAACCAUUCACACAGGAUUUUUCCAUAAACAAGGUUCCAUAUAUUCGAAAAAAUGAGAGCACUAACUUGAUUUUGGAAAAAUGGGUUUUUAUAACUGCCAUUUAUGGUAUUAGAAAAAAGGAAACCAUAGAGAAAAUCACUACUAUAAAAAAAAGUUCUCUUUUUCUUAAUAUGAACAUUAACACGAUAUCCGUCAUUCAGGACAUUUUCUUCCCAAAAUUGAAACAUGUUCAGACUAUAGAUUAAUCCAUGAGAUUUAAUCAUAAUUUUUCUUCUUUAAUACUAAGAGACAGGUACCUCAGUACCCUUCACCUGACAUGUCUAAGCAAAAAACAGAGAUCACAAAUUACAGUAAAAAUGUGCUUUCGAUCUAUUUUAAGGUAGGUAGAUUAGUUUGUCAAAGUCUCAGCCCAGGUCAGUUCAGUUGAUCUUGAGCUGUGAACGUUUCUGCUCUUGUUAAACAAGACCCUGGGCUUGUCUGGGCAGAGACAGAAGCUGAUUUUACAGUACAGAGAACAGUGUACUACACUUCCCCACAGAGGGGAUGGAUUAGAAGCCCCUAUUAAAAAUGAGAGCUCUAGGAACUAAACUUUACCAACCCAUUUACCAGGGUGAUCACAGCUAUUUGUCAGGUGACAGCUUGGUCACAACACAACUGUGUCCUGAGUACGUAAGAUUCCAUCAGCUCUAAAGGACAGUGAAGGAAGGAGUGUUUUCCAGAAUUUCAAACCACAACCAAAAAUUAAAACUCAAACUGUGGGGAGAUAUCUCCUCCUCUGGUUGGGAAUCCUCAUCACAUCAAUCCUAAAGAGCCGUCAACUGGCAAAAUCUUUAAUAUAUGUAGAAAAGUAAAUUGGAAGAGCAAGCCAUUUAAUAAUUCGGGGAAACAGCAUGGCCAAGGCCAGUGAGUUAUACUUUCCAGUAGAAAAAUAAUUGAAUUUUUUUUGUCCUCCAUUUUUUUUUUUUGGUAAUGCUCUCUGAGAAAAGUGAAUGGCAGUGCCAAAUAAGUAUUUUCUGUUCUCACUUAAAGCACAAACUUCCCUUUUUAAAUGUCUAUAGAAGGUAGGAGUCCUUUUAAUUUUUGUCUGUUUGUGUUUUGGAAUCUGCUAGCAGAGGUUUGAAGAUGAGACUGUCAGUCAUCUGUGCUUUCUUUACCAAAUGGCUAGGGUGGAACAGCAUCACAGCAAUACUGCAGAUCCUGGUAACACAAUGGUAGGGCUUUUGUUUUUUCGUGGGGUUUUAUCCUCCUCACCCCACCCCCAUUUCCAAGAUUAGAGGAAAAUGACCAUCAGGAACCAAAAACAUGAUUAAUCUCUCUAGAAAAAGGAAUGCUAAAUAAGACUAUGAUACCGUAACUACCUAGAAAUCAAGAACUAGUUUGGAAUCAUUUACAUGCAUUUCUGUAGCUUGCCAGGGAUUUCAAUCACCUUUCUGAAAAAAGAGUGGGCUGAUAAAUGUGCAAAUCCACACACAACUCUGAGAAUACCUACUGCCAACAUAAAAAAGCAAAGAUACUAAUUUUUUAAAGCCAAAAAUCUGUACUAACACAUGUAAUUUCUUAAUGUGCCUAAGUUAAUUUUUGUACCAAUUCAAUGAAUGGAAUUGAUUGAACUUCCCAACUCUACUAAUUAUUAAAAUCCAUCUGCUUAUUCUAAUGCUAGUCAGCAAGAGCUAGACUCCAUCUUUCCAAUAAAAAUGAGCCCUUAUGUAGCACUAGGUCUGAAUCCUAAAAUUAAAAA